AUGGCGUAUUUUCGAAACUUAUUCGGUGGUCAAACAGAUGAAGCAAGAAGUGAUAAUGAUGCUGAAGUGGUUGAAAAGUAUCUGGAACGAGUUGAGACGUCAACAGCUUACGAAGAUAGACGAGAUGCAUUGAGAGCACUACGUUCAUUUGCAAAGACCGAAACCGGAGAUGAAGAAGUUUCAAAGAUCGGUACAGACAAGGUGAGUCCUGGGUGGUCAAAUAACGGUGGCAAUAUCCAAUUGAUGAUGAUUUUUAUUUUGGGAGUGGGAGCGGCGCACUCAAGACUUCGAGUUGGUUCAAAUGGCAUGGCAGCGUAUAUUGAGAUUUUGGAAAAGGAACGAAACAAUCCCGAGAUUAUUGCGAUAACGCUCGAGAUUUUGGUUGCGGUCGUUUGUGACGAUGAUGAAACCAGCGAAGGGACGGAUGAGUUGGGUGAGCGUUUAUCGGAGAUGAUGAUCAAUAAGAAAGGAUUUAUUUCGUCGAUAAUUGCGCUUUUGGAAUGCUACGAUUUUAAUGUUCGCAGAGCAUUAGUGCAGUUGUUGACCGCAUUGUUAAGACAUCGCGCAAGUGAAGUGCAAAAUGCAGUUAUGAACGAACCGAUGGGAGUUUCAAGAUUGGUCGAUAUUUUACAUGAAACAAGAGAGGUGGUUCGUAAUAACGCGGUGUUGAUGCUGAGUGAAUUGAGUCGUGCGAAUUCACAAAUUCAACAACUGCUAGCUUAUGAGAACGCGUUUCAGUUACUUUUUGAUAUUAUCGACCUGGAACCUGUUGACAGUAUCGUCAUUGAAGACUGUCUUUUCGUUAUACUGAAUUUGUUACGUAAAAAUUCGAGCAAUCAGCAGUUAUUCCGUGAGGCAAGUUUGGUUCAACGUUUAGCGUUGAUGUUGCAUAGUUUUUUGUUUGGUCGCGAGGGCGAGGAGAGUGAUUUCGCUGAGAACGAUAGUGAGUGGCCACGGCAAAAGAUCGCGAAUAUAAUCUUUUUAUUGCAAGUGUUACGCAGUUUAGUGUCACCGCGUGAAAAUGCACAAACAAAUACACAUGCAGCGCAGAAAAUUAUCAAUCAAUGUGGCAUGUUGGGUGAAUUGUGCAGCGUGCUGUUGUCGGAAAUGGGUGUGCCGGUCGAGGUUCUAACCGAGACAAUUAUCGCAAUAGCUGAAGUUAUCCGUGGUAGUUACUCGAAUCAAGAGUAUUUUGCCGCACGUCAACUUCUCACUAAUGUCGGUAGUCGGCCGUCGUUGUUGGUAUUGCUAACGUCGAUGACUACCGAAAAGCAGUCAUUUAAGUUGCGAUGUGCCGUUUUUUAUUGUUUUCUGUCGUAUCUGUAUGAUAAUGAAAUCGGCAAAACAAAGGUUUGGAUGGGAUGUGUUUGUUUGAUGCAUUGUUUGUUUGAUACGGACCACUUGAAAGAACAACUCCUCAGAGUUCAGUUGACCACCGAUUCAGCACAGCCACCGUCAUCACUGUUACAACAUAUUUCGAAUCUUUUGGUCUCUCUAGGCAAUCGUAAGCCUCAAAUACGUUGUGCAUUGUUGAUGCUGUUAGCCGUAUGGCUACAUCGUUGUCCAUUAGCCGUGAAACAGUUCAUUCAAAUUGAAGAAUGCAUUCAAUAUUUGACAACGCAUAUUGACGAAUGCGGAGCAGAGGGAACAGAGGACGAGAAUCAAGUGACGAAAGGUUUAAUGGCACUUGUGUUAGCUCUGUGCUUGUUGUACGGCGCUGAUGAAAGUGGUACGGAUAACAAGUUGGUUUUAUUUUCAACGACGAUUAAAACCAAUUCGUUGAGUGUAAUUGUUGAGCGUCGUGUUGGAAAUGAGAAAAUAUUCGAGCUGCUCGAAGGUGUUUCAAGAAGUGAGCAUUACGUACGUGCUGCACAACGUCCUCAACCACUGUCGAAAAGCGCCAACGAAAUGCUUUUGGAUUACCAGUUUACGAAACUUUUCAAACUUCUUGAAAAUCAAAUCGGCAAGCAGUUAAGACGUCCGCUGAAUGCGGAUGGUAGUUGUUCGCUAUCAUCAGCGAAUGUGAUGAACGGUAGUAAUGAUAGUAAUGUGGUUGCAUCAUUUAAAGAGCUAAUUAAGCGUCAAGAUGAGACGAUUGCAUCGUUGAAUCAACAGAUCAAGAAGUUAAACGCUGAUCGCGAGAUGGUCAACUCGAAAGCGAACGAAAGCAGUCAAGAGACCGUACGUGAAUUGGCGCAAUUACGGCAGAAAUUAGCUGCGUUGGAAUGCGAUGAGAACGAUCGAAAACAAGCCGAGCAACCGCAUUUAGAGCAUUACAAAAAGGCACAAAUUCAGAUGACUAAAUUUUCACGUAAAAAAUUUCGAAGCACGAUUCCUCUGUUCACACUGACGCCUAAGGACCUUUUGAACUGUGUUGGUGGUCCGGUUUUGGGCGUAGUUGAUGGAGAUAUACAUAAUAUCGCAACGCAGUGGCAAAAUGAGGCGUUGCGCUAUCAACAGUGGGCAGAACAAUGGCAGCAGUAUCAAAUUGCACAAGUUGGAAUUUUUAUUCUCUUGCAGUUGGUUGCUGAAAAUAGUGGAGAAAAGGCGGUAAUCGAUCAGUUGAGUGGUCAGUUGAAAGAGUUGGAAGGGCAACUAAAUUAUGGAUGGCAAUCGUUUGAAACGCAAGGCGCUCAGUUGGCUACCAUAUCAGCACAGUUGGUUGAAGCGAAUGCGAAGAUUCGGAAACUGGAACAAGAAUUAGAAGCCGAAAAGGCUGCAACACGAUAUUCAUCAGAAGCUGCACAACUGCAGAUAGUGACAACAGAUACAACAACAGCAACAAAUAAUAUGAUGACAACGGCAGCGGUUCAGUCAAACGAAAAUGGAAGUAGUAAUGCUCCGGUAAUGAUGACCUCAUCGAUGAAUAAGCAGCAAGCUAUCGUUGAAACUGAAGAGUUGAUUGCGUUGAGAAGAGAACAUGAAGAUUUGUUGGUGCUGUUAGCAGAUCAAGACGCGAAGCUGUCGCAGUAUAGGCAAAGAUUAAUGAAUUUGGGACAGACAGUGACUGACGAUGAAGAGGAUGAUGAGGAAGGUGAAAACAACGGGGACGGAGUUUCAGCGGGCGUAUAG